AUCGUCAACUGCUCUGGGAUCUCAACCCUAGGACUUACCGUUGCCUGACUUCACUAUAUUCUCUGCGGAAUCAACUAUCCCAUCUUUUAAUCAUUGCAUCAUUAGUUAAGUUACAUCCAAUUACCGAACUGAUGAAUGGAUACUUGGAUAGUGGGUUUCAUGUGGAGAACUUACGUCACAGCUGUCUCCGAUGCAGAAAGAGAAAAGUGCGCUGUGAUCGCAUCCUUCCAUGUUCGAACUGCAUUCGAAGUCAAGUACAGUGUGUAUUCCCAGAGGGCAUCAAGAAGCGGCGGCCCAAGGAAUCUCACACCCAUAUAACUGAUCCACACACUCACCUUCUGAACGAUGAGGUGCUGUCUCGUAUAGAGAAACUUGAACAGAAGCUUGAUCAUCUGUCUCAAAACGGCUCUUUCCCUCCUGCGGUAGAUUACUCUCUUACUAAUGCGAGUAUCCUUGUUUCUGCAGACUCCAUCCCCACAACAACAUUCAGUCUGUCUGAAGAUUUUGGUCGUCUAGCUGUGCACAAAGGAAAAAGUCGGUACGUAAGCAGCAAGCUCUGGCAAGUUCUUGCUGAUGAGGCCAAGGAAAUGGAAAAUGUAUUGGAUUCUUCGGCGUCUGAGGAAGAAGGGGUAGAUGAUGAUAACGAGAAAGAUGACGAUGGAGAGGGAAAAGAAGGACAAAUAGAAAGCGCUUGGACGACUAAUUUUAUAUUCAACGGGUCCCUGUUCGGCCAUCGCUCACAUUUCCGUGACUUGAGUAGAUUUCACCCGCCAGAACAGAAAGCAUUGUAUUUGGUCAUGGUUUACGAGAAAAAUAUUGCGCCAUUAGUCCCUAUCCUUCAUUGGCCGACUAUGCGGGGUUUCAUUAUCGACACGAUCGAGCAUAAAGUUCCUCCAAAUAAAAAUUUGGAGUGUCUAGUAUUUGCAAUAUAUUUUGCAGCGACCACCAGCUUGUCUCCUAAUCAAUGCUAUUCAAACAUGGGCGUGACCCGGGACGUCAUCCUGAAUGGGUUUCGGUGUGCAAUUCAGCAUGCUAUUACGAGGGCCAAUAUACUAAAUACUCAAAGCCUGGAGCUACUUCAAGGUGUUGUUCUAUUCUUGACGGCAGUGCGGCAAGUGGACGACACCAAAUUUGUUUGGUCGAUGACUGGUCUCGUGGUCCGGAUUAGCCAGGGCUUGGGUCUGCAUCGUGACGGCUCUCUGCUCGGGUUGAUGCCUUUUGACACAGAGAUGCGCCGAAGACUCUGGUGGCACAUUGUACUAUUGGAUAUGCGCUCGUCAGAAGAGCAGGGCACCGAUCAGCAGAUUUUCGAGGGUUCAUAUGACACCUUGUUUCCUUCUAAUGUGGAUGACAAUGAUAUCUACCCGAAAAUGAAAAGUGAUCCAUUGCCCCGUACUGGCUGCUUUACAGGAAUGACAUUUGCCCUUAUUCGAUGCGAAGUUGCCAGAGCCCUGAGUCGUGUGACGUCUACCAUAGCCACCAGCAGGCCGAAUAGCUCCCAUUCAAAGUUCCAUGCCCAACAAGAGAAUGAAGAGAUUUACAGGGAUAUUGCAGAUUGCAUCAAUAAGAAAUAUAUCAGCGUAUGCGACAAAAGCAUUCCCAUGCAACGGGUUUGUAUUCUGCUCGCGCGGCUCGUCCUGGCGAAUCUCUGGAUUGUCGUCUUUAUCCAUGGUGAAAAAAGACCUGGAAAUGUCAACAACAAUAACCUUGACUACAUCGCUCAAGGUGCGUCUCCUCAGUGCCGCGAAAAAUUGAUCAUCACCUCACUCCAAAUCAUUGAGACCACAUACGCACUGGAGAGUAGGCCAGAUACCUAUAUGUGGAGCUGGCUAUUUCGGGCUAACGCGCAUUGGUCUUAUGUUGCCUUUGUCCUUUCAGAACUGUGUCUUCGACCAUCGAGUCAGAUCGCUCAGCAGGCCUGGAAUGUGAUUAACUUGGUACAGGAUAAAUGGAAGUUGACCUCAGGGCAUAGAAAGGGGAUGCUAUGGAGACCCAUCAGACAUCUAAUGCACAAGGCCACUAUCAUCCACACGGAGCAGUUGAUGGCGAUAUCGAAUACAGAUGGCAUGCUUGCAUCCAAUUCCACCCUCGUCGAGGAAGCAGGGAAGGGAAAAGACUUAGAGAAGCCAUAUCUUACGGUAGACAAACACAGACGAACGGUAACAAGCCCAACACUUUGUGAUGGUGAUCAAUAUCAAGACGCACAACCUUCCUUUCAGUAUGAGUCCAACGUGACCAGCAAUACUAGUAUGGAUUUGGGCAACGCGGAAGUUAUUCCUGCAACUGAUUUACUUGACUGGACUAUAGUGUCGUCUAUGACAAAUUGGAACUACCUCUGACACUAGUUUUAUUGUACAUAUAAAAUUUAGGAGCGUCC